AGCCCCAGCCACAGACUCCACUGCCAUCUUGCUUCAGCCAGAUACAGAUCAGGUUACGCUGCUACUCUUACAGUUUACUCCACCAUUUUGGUUACCCAUUGUCUGUGUCCCUCCGAGUUUUCUCCACCUCGCAGCUCUCCCUGCCUCAGUGACAGUGUUAUAGUACUCACACAUUCAAAACUGUGUUCUAUAUUCUUUAUGAAAUGAAUAUUUGGAAUCAGUCAUAUUUGGACAACUUUGUGAAGAAGACUCAGUUCUGUCAAAAGGAAACUUGACAGUUGCAUAUUGUACAUUUUGAUUUCAUGAUAACACAAAGGUUCAGAAGUCAGACACAAAAAUUAUCAUGCAGAUUGUGUAUUAAUUCGAGAAACAAACUGGACAUUGAGUACUACUGUGAGGGGGUUUAGGGAUGUGCUCAAGCAAGGAUGUUGUCAGAAGACAGUGGCCACUCCCUGUAUGGGCCUGUGGGGUGGGGCAUAUCCUAGGUGUUGUGUAUGUGUUGUGUCACCCCCAGGGUCCUUCACACCUACAGGGAGGAGACUAGUAGGGUGUCUGUAGGGGAGAUGACAGCCGUGGCCGGCCCCUCCAGUCAUGCAUUGUCACAGGUGGAGACCCCGAAGAGCCCUUUUGCAAAUGGUAAUGGCCGACUGGAGAGCAUCACCCAGCUACAUGCAGCUGCUGUCAAUGGCGACAAGCCCACCCUCACAAGGCUUGUUGCAGUGAUGUACUGUGUGUCUGUGGUGAGGUCCCAACAGGCCUUCUCUCAGGAUGAAUACAACCUCCGGAUGAUGAAGCUCGGGCCAGGAAGCAAUUACAGCCAUAUUGUCCGACCCUCCAGGCAGGUCCAGACACAGAUACGGUUCAACCUACUCACCAUCAACGACCUGAACACCAGAGGACAAACCAUGACGACGACAGGAUGGCUUACAGUUAAAUGGACAGAUCCACGUCUGCAGUGGACACCGGCAUCACAUGGAAAUGUCACGUACUUGUUUGACACAGAGAAGGUCAUCUGGCGACCGGAAGUAGUCAUUGACAAUGCUUUGAUCAAGUUUCAUUUUCCAGUUCUACGUGCUUGUUCCUGCGUCAUACACCUGCUCCUCUCACUUUCAGAGUUAAUGCAAAUCGGCGUCAUAGAGGACGAUGACCUUCUGAUACGUGUCAAGCACACCGGGGAAGUGACAUGGGAGCCGCCAGGGCUGUUCUCUACGUCCUGCGACAUUGACGUCACGUACUACCCCUUUGACCGCCAGGCCUGCACUAUAGAGCUCACGAGUUGGAGCUAUAACAUCCACGAAGUUAAUCUCACACAAUUGUCAUCUGAAGUCUUCUCGGGCGACUUCAGCGAAAAUGGAGAAUGGGAUCUCAAGUCCACCUCAGUGACCCCCAAGACCCUGGUAGAGGCUGAAGGGACGUUCUCCCAGCUGGACUUUACCCUCCAUCUACAGCGGCGUGUGACCUACUACAUCCUUAGCAUCAUCCUCCCCAUCGCCCUCACCUCUAUCCUGAGCGUCAUCACCUUCACCCUGCCCUUCGAGUCGGGGGAGAAGGUGAGCUACGCCCUCACCGUCCUGCUGUCUUACGCCGUGCUGAUGUUGUUGGUGUCAGAAAACAUCCAUACCACCUCAAUCACCGUCUCCGUCCUCGGUAUAUAUUUGGCACUUAUCUUGUUUGUUGGAGCAAGCACGACCGUCAUCACCGUCAUCAACAUACACCUGUUUCACAAACGGUCCAAGCCACCCGUCUCCAAAACAGCAAGAGCUUUUGUCUCCACCGUCCUCUUGAACAUGGCCGGCUGGAAAACCCCGGAGCAGCGCGUACAGAAAGCGAGCUCAUCUUCAAAGGUGAAAAUCGUUCCCUACGAGGACACAGAAAUGAACCAAAAUCCGAGCAAGCGCCAGGCCGAUAAACCGGGCACCGAAGCGUUCUCGAAGGAUGCAUCAUUCUAUUCAUGGCAAGAAAUUGCCCUGAUGUCGGACAUCAUGUGGUUUCGAGUGUAUGCCGUGUUUGUGGUGCUUGUCACUAUUGUGUUCAUGAUCUGCCUUCCCCUUGGGGGCCACCUAAACUAUGUAUGACUCAAGGACAUGAUGAAAGGUCUGAUUUUUCUCCUGUCCAUCCAUUUGCCGUGAGAAAAGGAUAGCUUUAUUGCGAUUCAAAUUCAUUUUAAUGUUACCAUACCAUUUGUUAUAAUAGGUAAUGGAAACCAAGCAAGCAUGUAUCUCUUUUGAAAUAAAACACAAAUAUCCCCA